AUGCUUUCAAACCUAUCUCGAUUCUUUGUCGGGGUGCUUGCAUUGCUGAGCGCAUGCAGCACUGCCGCGGCGGCAUAUCCUUAUACUGUCUAUCGUGGUACCUUCAUUCAUCUCCCUCGCUUGAACUCGACUUCGGACAAGCCGGAGCUUGAUCGCAACCAGGGUGUUGUUUGGGUCUCAUCUACAGAUGGACGUAUCAAGGGAUACGACUGGACUGUCAACGACGAUGCUAGCUUCCAAUCGUUUUUGUCUAGCCAUGGCUGGAACGAUGGCACUAGUAGACAGGGGACUAAGGUCGGGGUUGUCAAGUCCAACGAUGCUCGGAAUGAGUUCUUCUUCCCUGGGUUCAUUGACACUCACAUCCACGCACCGCAGUUCCCCAACAUCGGUCUGUUCGGAUCAUCCGGACUUCUAGACUGGCUAAACGAAUAUACCUAUCCCACCGAGGCAAGCUUUGGUUCCAAGUCAGACCCUAAGAACCAACAAACCGAUCCCAAAAAGACACCUCCAGCGGGACUGCGCGUGUACGACGAGGUCGUUAAUCGCACUCUCGCCCACGGCACAACCUGCGCAUCCUACUUUGCAACAAUCCACGUCCCAGCCACCAACGCCCUGGCCGCACUCUGCCAUUCCCACGGCCAACGCGCCUUCAUCGGCCGCGUCUGCAUGGACAACAAAGACAUCUGCCCAUCCUACUACAUCGACCAAUCCACCGAACAAGGUCUCAACGCAACAAAGUCCACAAUCGACUACAUCCACACCCUUGACCCAAACGGAACCCUCAUCAACCCAAUCAUCACCCCCAGAUUCGCACCCAGCUGCAGCAACGCCUCGCUCGAAGGUCUCGGCAAACUAGCCGCAUCCUACACUCCCCCGCUACACAUCCAAACGCACAUCGCAGAAACCCUAGACGAAAUAGCCCUCGUCCACCAACUCUUCCCCGAAUCAUCCAGCUACGCAGACGUCUACGAUAAAGCACACCUCCUCACGCAGCGCACCAUCCUCGCCCACGGCGUGCACUUGAGCAAAGACGAACGAACCCUCAUCCGGGACCGCGGAUCUAAAAUCUCACACUGCCCGUCCUCCAAUUCCGCCCUCGGCUCGGGUCUAGCUCCCGUCCGCAUCCUCCUCGACGAAGGUCUCACCGUAGGUCUAGGCACAGACGUGAGCGGUGGAUACAGCCCUAGUAUCCUGGAAGCCGCCCGCCAGGCCUGCCUCGUCUCUCGCCUUCUCCAAUAUAGCUCCGAGUACCAGACCAUGACGGGCAAUGCCCCUUCGAACGGAAGUGAAAAGCUUUCUGUCGAGGAGAGUCUAUACCUGGCUACCCGUGGUGGAGCAGCUGUCGUCGAUAUGGCGGAUGAUAUUGGUGGUUUUGAUAAGGGGAUGAUUUGGGAUGCGCAGUUGAUUGAGUUGGGCUCUGUUCCUAAUAACACUGUUAGUCUUGUGGCGAGGGGUACGACUAUGUCUGGGGCUGUGGGUAACGUUGAUUUGUUUGGGGAUGAAACUUGGCAGGAGAAGAUUCAGAAGUGGAUGUGGAGUGGUGAUGAUCGGAAUGUUAAGAAUGUGUGGGUUCAGGGGAAGUUGGUUCAUACUAGGGGCUGA